AUGGGUGGUGUAGCUGAGGAUGGUGUUGGUGUUUCUGGUAACUAUGGUGAACAUCAAGUCGCCAACGAUGUGGGGGAUGUCGCUGAGGAUGGUGUUGGCGUUUCUGUUAACGAGGGUAAACAGCAAGUCAAUGCUACUCCAAAGGAUGGUGACGCACAUCAAUCGCACCAAGAUUUAAAUGAACCUAUCAUGGAUCAAGAUGGUGAUGACAAUGUUCAACACAACAUCCCUCACGUUUUGCACGAUAAAACAACAAUGGAUGCAUCGAAAUCUUCCACUUUAACAACAAUAUUGCCAUCAACUCAAGCAGCAAUAGAUGAACUUAUCAAAGAUUUGGGAAAAGAUCCUACUAAUGCUAGACCAUUGUAUUCUUACAAUCCACAGAAUAUAACUAGCAACCAGUACUUGUUGACCGAUAGUCAAUUACCCACUGACAUUCCAAUAACUGAUAUUGGAGCCUCAAGAAAUAUUCAAUCUCCAUAUUGUACUUCUUUUGGGUCAAGCUAG